AUGGCGUCGUAUCAAAAGCUGUCCGACCUGGUUGACGACUUCGCCCAUGAUUGCAAACGCCAUAUACAACUACAACAAGACAGAAUUACAGAGCUAGAAAUCGACCUCGAACUGGAAAGAAAUCGCGUAGCUCAGGCGACAUCAGCGGUUGCAGUACUGAAAGAAGAAAAUACUGCUUUACAAAAUCAAGUCGAGGCCUUACGCAGAGACAAUGCAGCCGAAUUGAAGCAUGAGGACCUCCUUGAAAUUAUGCAAAACGCAAAACCGGGGAACUUUCAUACCAGUGACGAAGUUGGGUGCAAGAACUGUGAUCGGUUGCUCGCAUUUGAUAGUAGGUAUCGCGAGUUGUAUAGAAGCUUCUCUAUAGCCAUUAAAACUGUGUCUUCCGCCCGCAUCAGACUGCAAGAAAUGCAGGAGAGGGUUGACCAUUGGAAGCUGUUUUUCAACCAGUCAUCCUUUGAAGUUGAUGUUGAUGGGGAACUCAUUGCUUUCCAGCGGGUCGGAGCUUAUCCUGCCCCCGCAGUGCAAAGUGAGGCGACAGGAAGCCGGGAAUCGGCAAAUCUGCCCACGCCAAACCACGCUUCGGACGAAGCAAAUAUCGAUACCCAGCUACCUUCUGAUGACCCAGAACUCAUUUCAACGCAAUCCCAAGACCCGGCCUAUGAGACCAAUGACAAUCACCCUUCACUUGUCCCCUCCUUGGGUAGCCCAGUAUUCAUGUCUGCCAGACCAGUGAGAAGGAGAGACAUAAUCCAGAAUACAUCGGCACAAGCAACUCGCAAUCUGGUUGAGACCGGAAGUUUCAUGAGGCCUGUGACGGUAAAAAGCGAGCCGUCUUCAGAGAAUUCAAAUCACGCUGAAGUCAAUAUGGGCCGGGAUUUGAAUACUGAGGGAAGACAAGGGCUUCCUGAAAGGGUGGAGGCAAUCUCUGGGAAUUCUGUGGAGAAGGCUGCCGCACCGUAUAUGGCUCCCAUUGGCUCUGUGUUUCAUACCGGGGGCAUGCGUCCUGUGUCGCCUAGAGGGAAGCGACGGCAGCCUCUGCGCGAUAUUGACCGCAAUAUUCCCCCUUCACCGCAACGUGAACUAGCAAAUGGAAAACGAAGAAAGUUUGCUUCACGUGGCGCCGUUUCCGUGCCUUCAGUUGCCGAGGACGGCGAAGAGGAAAAUUAUGGGACUCGACGGCUGAAUCGAGCAGUAGAGGAUCAGGAAUUAUCUUCCCACAGGCAGCAGAAGGGUGCCCAAGGCCUCCGUAUCUUAGAUCUCCUCGAUACGCCUCCACCUCCACGGCCUGUUUUACUAACAACCCCUCGCCGUGCCGGUUUUCAGGCAUCUACUCCGGCUGGAAUCUCUGCGAGGAAGAAUCUUCGACGAAGCAUUGAUGCCAAUAACUCCAUAGAUGGCGGGCCACGCCGGGGCUCCCUCCGUUCCCGCCCAUUGCGAGCACUAGGCCUUGAACACUUCAAAUUGAACCCAGAAAGAAACCAUGGCCUGGAUUACGCGUAUGAUGAGGUAGUCCGGGAUAAAAGCGCCAGAAAGUGCCUUCCUGGCUGUCUUGCACAAUCAUACUGUGGGCCGACAUUCCGCGCCAUGGCGCGCAGUGAAAUUCCAAAAAAUGUCACAUUUGAUACGCUCACACAGGAAUAUCGCCAGCUGUUGGAAGAAUACCAUGGCGUGGAAAAGAGCAAACUUCAGUCUCUCCCAGACGAUAGGAUAUACAACCUUCUCGUUGAAGCGAAAGCAUGGGAGUUUUCAAAUAGAUUUGGGCGACACAGGCACGCUCACGCACGGGAGUCAUCCCCGCCUGGUUUUUGGCGUACCGACAUGCCUACCACUCAAGAAGAGGAGGCCGAUCGGCAAAGGGCCUUGGAGUUGGAGCAGGAGAAGGUGUAUGAGCGGUAUCAGCAGGCACUGCGGGGAGAUGGCGUUUGGAGAUUCGCAGAUGAAUGA